AUGUGGAGGCCACUUUGGGACCUCGGCCCCUGCGUGAGUACAUUGGAGUUGGACUCCGGCAUACGGAAAAACGGCGAGCCGCAAGCCCGCAGUCGGCCCUUGACACACUGGCCCGUGGUCCGUGACAUUGACCAAGAGGUGGUGGGUUCAAAGAAAAGAAAGAUGCUGGUAGACAAUGGACAGCGGACGAUGGCGGUCGCGCCCGUGUUUGCCUGA